GUUUUUUAUGGAGGGUUACCGUGAUGACCGUUGCCCAUGACAUCCAGAGCCAAGGAAGUUCGGAAGUGAAGAUUUGUUUCUUUCCUCCAUAUUUCUCCCAGGGAUCACAUAGAAACCUCUCUCUCUUUCGGUCAGGCAGAAUGGAAGUCGCAUCGAGGUGCUACUGCCAUGCCCAUCUCUCGUUCUUGAUGAAGAAGAACGCGGCGGCUCCUUUCCCGGGUAGCGAGAGAAGAUCCAAGUACUCGGGUCAGUCCGUUAGAGCAAUUCCUGUGCGGGUAUUGACGGUGGGCAAGAGGAGGUCUCAAGGGGUCCAACUUCUGGUCGAAGAGUACAAGGAGAAGCUCAAAAACUAUUGCAGCAUCGAGGACGUUCUUAUCAAAUCUAAUCCAAAGAAUACUGGCAAUGUGAAGGCCCAGAUCGAAGCUGAAGACAUGCUUAUCAUGCAACAAAUUAAGCCUGGAGAAUGGGUUGUUGUGUUGGAUGAGCAUGGAGCAGACAUUGGAUCUGAGCAAAUGGCUGACUUGGUGGGAGAUGUAGGGACAACAGGAUCAUCAAGACUUGUGUUUUGCAUUGGUGGUCCGUAUGGUCAUGGGCAGCAAGUGCGUGAUCGUGCUGAUGUGAUCAUUAGAUUGUCCUCCAUGGUUUUGAAUCACCAGAUUGCAUUAAUAGUGCUACUGGAGCAACUAUAUAGAGCAUGGACUAUUAUCAAAGGGCAGAAGUACCACCACUAGUACAGGCAACAAAGUCAACUAAAAGCCUGUGGUCUUUUCUAGUGCAAAUGUCGAGCAUGCCAACAUAACAUUCAUGCUAGCUAUUUCUCAAAAACAUCUUGCUAGCUGUCUUUGCAGGACAGAUGACGACUUCAUUCCUGCUCAGGCAUUUUCCCAUCAUAAUGGCUGUUCCCAAUUCUCCGAGCUCCUUCGUUUCGCGCUCACUAAGUAAUCCAUUGCUAAAGAGCAGCAGGACCUAAAAUACGUCUCUAGGAAAAUACCUUGUGGCAAGAGUGCAUCACUUAGAGCAUCAAAAACUAUAGAGGAGAAACCAUUCUCCACAAUUAAGGGAGAUAGCUGAUAGUAUGAAUUAACAUUCUUAUUAUUCCAUCUCCAGAAAUUCGAGUCCAACCCACGGCCUUUGAAAUCGCACAAAUUAAAUCCUACUGAACAAAUUUUCAAUCAAAGAAAAAAAAAUCCUACUGCACAAUUCAAUAAACUGUUUUUUGAUGUUCCAAAUCAGCAGAUUUUUACCAUGAAAAAAAAGAGAGAGAAAAUAUGAAGAAAAUGAGAUGCCAUCACUAAGAAAAGGUACAGCAUGUUCCGAGCAACUCCAAUCCGGGCAAUUAAAUGAACUUACCUACACGAUACAUAGGGUAUUUCUUUUCUAAUUUCAUCGGAGAAACCUAAUCUCAAAUUGCCUCAUUUUAAUGGA